AUGUCGUCAGGAUCCGACCCUAAACUCGGAUCUUGCAGCACUCUGGUCUAUGGAUCAGAGAUGCUGGGGCGGAACACGCAGGGACCUUCGGAGGGGAACUUGGGGAUUGACGACAUGAUAAAGGCUCAAGAGGAGAGGCUCGCAACAUUGCGAGCUCAACUACGAGAGUGCGGUGGUGAUGAGGGAGAUGUUGGUGUGGUGCCAGUCGUUGAAGGUGCUCCGAUCAUUGCGCACAGCACAGGUCAUUAUCCAGCAGGAGUACCUCCAACCCCUCGAACCUGCCCUCGUGAGCCAGAGCCAAACCAAUCAGGCUCUGUCAAGCGGAAUCUGGCCCAAGCAUUUGUUGAUGAGUCUGUUGCCACAACUCAUCCCAACCCCCCGGAGACUGUCAAGAGUUCCAGGAAAAGCAUGGGCCAUGAUGCCCAAGACCCGAAUUCCUUUUUGAAUGCACCUUUGACCCCAAGGUACACACCAGCAAAGUCUGUGGAUGGAGCCCCAUCCGAACGUCCUUCCCCAAAGCCCAGCCAGACCUCCCAAACACCGUCCCAGCAAAAGUCAAACGAGAAGGACGCGCUGUAUUGGAAGUUGCGAAGGCAAUGUGUGAUCAAGGCGUCUUCUUGUUCAGCCGAAGCUCUAAAACUUUAUAAAACCAAGGAUGGUCGAUCAAAGCUGCGAGAACUCAUGCUGCAGAACGGCUGUGACUUCUCGCUGGUCGAGGUUCAGUUGCAGCGUUGGUCGCAGUCGACUAUGGGACAGAAGCGGAGUGUCUCAAGAGGCGACUUCGUGGUACCCCGAAAUGAAAGCAAGCGUUCUUUGGAAGGUGGUGGCGAAGAUGGCUCUGAUUCCGACCUUGCCGACGAGCUUCUAGCCGGUUUCGAGUGUGGAGCUGCAACCGCCGAGCAAACGGCCAGACUGGCUGCAGUGGCAAACAUGAAGUUGAGAAAACGUGGAAUCAUUGAUCCAGCAUUGAGCCGGCUUGCCUCUUGUGCAACUUCCAGAGCAGGGGGGUCAAAGCAUGCUUGUGAAAAGCUGCACCGUGUGAUUUCAAGAGAUCACAAGAAAUUAGAUGUCAAAGUCAGCACCAUACCCUUGUGGAUACGUUACACCAGAAAACGCCUUGCACAAAGUCUGGUGAAUUACCCAGUGCUUCGGAUACCCAGUUGGGUUGAGUGCAUCUUCAAACAUGGUGGCCACUUCUUUUUGGGAGGGCGUACGUUGGAUGAGUUGCCAGCAGUUCGCCAAGAGUUGCGCACGUUCUGGCAAAACUACCGAGCUAUAGACAAGGAUUUUCCUAUGUUCACGGAGAUGCCUGAAAGCAAGUGGGGUUCCCUCAUACCUGUGGCUAUCCAUGGGGAUGAGGGUCGUGGCCGCCUGAAGAACCCGGUGAUGGUAGUAAGUCUUCAAUCGUUGCUCCCUUUGCACGGCAAGAAAACCAAUAUGCAAGGGAACUCCCUGUGCACCAGACUGCUCUACGCCGUGCUGCCUGCGCCAUUUACAAAGAAGAGUUUUCACAAGCUCCUGUCACUCCUGACUGACGAUCUGAACUCUCUAUGGAAGGAUGGCAUGACUGUGACGUGGAAGGGCGAGUCCCACCAUUUCCAUUUCAUUGUGACAGGAACAAAAGGAGACUGGCCGUUCCUUCGGUCAGCGUACAACUUGUCUUGCGGCUUCAACUGCUCGGACAAAUGCCAUAGAUGCUGUGAACCAGAGUGGUGGAACCUCAAAAAAAUGAAAGAGUUCCCAGCUUCCACAACCAACCCGAGCCCAUUCUACAGUGGAGAUCCCAGCCCUUUGCGGAGUUUGCCUUUGGGGGAUGCUAGCCGGUAUAUCCGGGUGGAUCCUGCACACACGUUUGCCAUCGAUGGUGUUGGCAAGGAUUUCCUGGCUUCCAGCAUUGUGAUCAUGGUGCGCGCUGGGCAUUUUGGCAGAGGUGCAAUCCCACUUCGGUUCCAAAACGCCUACGCAAAUUUCUUAGCAUACUGCUCUGCCCACGGCAAGGGUACAAGCAUAGCUGACUUUGGGCACCGCAGUUUCAAGCUGCCAGCUAACUCGUUGAACCAGUUUCCGCGCGGUCUGGGCCGCGGGCACGAUGCUGGCGUCUUGGGAGCUUGGCUCGCAGAAGAGGUCCUUCAAUUGUGCCCUGCCUCGGCG